AUGGCACCAACUACGCUGAUGACCUUUCUGGUUCGCAGUCCACCUUCAACAAGAUCAGUUCACCUCUACGGUUCUUGGGACAACUUCAGGACUGCCUACCCCAUGCAGAGGGAUACUCGCACGGGCCCUGAGCACUGGUCAGGUUGCCAUAGCUUCUCGAACAUCAUCUGCGAUGGCGACACAACAGUCAAUGGUACUCCCAGGCAAGGAGGACUCAAGAUGGGUGGAACCUAUUGGUACUAUUACAAACUGGACGACGACAUUGAGUUUCAUAACUCGGCAGAACCAUCGACCACCUCUUGUCCCAUGCUUCCUGGCCAGCUUGUCAAUGUCUUGAAUGUUCCCUUUGCACUCACCAGCAGCAGCCGCUCCCGCAAUGACAGUGUGAGCUCAACAAGCUCCGACUACCGCACGAUGAACCCUACAGACAAGUUUCUGAACCCGCGGCCAGUGCCAGCAAAGCCAUCCCUACCGCGCCUGAAGACAUCUCCAACUGUGCUGCAACAGUCGUGGUCUUCUUCCAGUUCCCCUGCGAGUGCUUCAUCCCUUCCUAGCAGAAGAGGAAGGUCGACAUCCAACACCACACCCUCUCACCCGAGCAGUGCCAAUGCUUACAGAGUAGUCCGAAUGAAGCCAUCCGUUGAGGCACUUUCGAGGUCAACUUCACGAGGAAGCAACCGCUCUGUUGGGAUCAUUGGUGCUAUUCGAGCUCUGACAUCACCACGGACGGCGAGUCCUGAGACUACAACAGACCGAGGUCGAAGCCUCCCAGACGAUCCGGCAUCGAGGGGUCGUUCAAAAGGCGUGUCAGAGCGUAGCAUCACCCCCAAGAGGACUUUACUUGGGACAGCUACUUCAAUUCCAGAGGUGGACGAUAACACCAUAUCUGAAUCUGCGGGAGAGCUCGUCCUACGCCGGCCAACCAACAAGUCUGAGCCUUUUGGGAAUUUACCGAUAUCGUCCUUUGCAUAUCAUCGGCGCCAGCGAUCUCUGUCGCGGGAGCCCUCGCCACUCCGCAGCUCGCUUCAAUCAGACACUUCUCCCAACUUAGGGACAUUUGAUGAACCCGUCGUACAGUAUCAGCCUUUGGCCACCCUAAAGGAGGUGGCCUCAGCAGCAAAUACCCCCGUCUGGCCUCUAACUGCGGUGAAAGUUGGAGGCGAAAAGGAGGCUGAUGAUAUACGGGUGCCCUUUGAUUUGGAGAAACGUCUGCCGACCCUACCCAACACGCCAUCUUCUGCAUAUCCACCCAGUGUUGUCGAUGAACCCUCCACCAAUGAUGAAGCAGAUGAUAUUGCCAACCUUCGCAGUCAUUUCUCCUGCACCACCAUCGAAACAGAAUCGUAUACGGAGAGCUUCCUCCCCCACGACCGGAGCCGUUUCUCGGAUUGGACAGACGGGACAAACAAAUUUUCACCACAAUCGGAGCUUAGCUCGAGUAUUCUUGAUUUUGAGCCAAUAAGUCCACUACCAGAAGCAGCUCUCGACUUUCCAAGUGACGAUCCGAUUACCGUUGAAAUUCAAAACCCUCAGGACUUUUCAGAAGCAAACACCUCUAUUGCCACCAAGCAAGGUCGAUUGCCUUCGGCAUUCAGUUUUUCAACGGUCAGCUCGGUCGCUUCUUUUACCGCUCCGAACUCUCACGUGGACGUUGACAGCGCCAAAGAUGCACAUUUCUCCUGGACGGGCUUUCAGCACUACAGCCUGCCCUCAGGAGACGUUGGAUCCGGGCCCAUGCACAAACCUGCAACGCUUACCAAGCAUGUCGCACCUUUGGUUGUGGAUGAGAACCAUCGUGCAGGCGUGUAUCAGUCUCAAAUGUCGAGCUGCGACGAGUCAACAAUUCCCCAUUCCACCAGUAUGCAACAACUUCUUGCUGAAUUGAGCUAUUUGGGUGGAAUGAUCCAACAGCAUUAA